AGCGCAAACAGAAAUAUGCUGAUCGGUUGGCAUCCUGCUGCAAUAACAGAAAGUGGAGACACGAGCAGUUCCUCUUUUGUCACGACCAUCAGGACUUACUUUCCAGAAACAUGGAUCUGGCAACUCACUCAAGUGGGAGACUCUGGAUCCACACGAGUUCCUCUCAAGGUUCCUGACACCAUCACCACAUGGGAGACGGAGGCGUUCUGCCUGUCCUCCAAAGGUUUCGGUUUGGCUCCUCCUGUUCAGCUGACUGUCUUCCAGCCCUUCUUCCUGGAGCUCUCCCUGCCUUACUCCAUCAUCCGUGGGGAGUCUUUUGAGCUGAAGGCCACAGUCUUCAACUAUCUACCCAAGUACAUCAUGGUUAAAGCAACUCCAGCUACACGCUCGGCCUUCACUCUUAGACCAUUUAAUGAGCCGUAUUCAUCCUGUCUCCGUGCCAAUGGGAGAAAGACCUUCAAGUGGGAUCUCUCAGCCUUUGUUCUCGGACCUGUCAAUGUGACAGUCAGUGCUUCAGCUGAACGAUCCCAGACAUGUGGCACUGAGGUCGUGAUUGUGCCGGAGAGAGGACGCACUGACGUAGUUACUCGAAGUCUACUUGUUCUACCUGAAGGAGUUGAGAGAACAAACGCCCAGAGUUGGUUGCUGUGUCCAAAGGGUUUUUUUGCACUCAAUGAUUCCCAAACAUUAGCCUAGUGCUCAAAGCUGAUCCGUUCUGUUUGGUCCGCAAGAAGUGUUCUUUCUGAAGACGUGAGACUGACAUUUCUAACAAAUGUGAUCCAGGGAUCAGCCAGAUGCUCAGUUUCAGUCCUUGGGGACAUAAUGGGCCGUGCACUGAAGAAUCUGAAUAGGUUAAUACAGAUGCCAUAUGGCUGUGGAGAGCAGAAUAUGAUUGUUCUUGCUCCCAAUAUUUACAUCCUGCAGUACCUGGAAGUCACGGGCCAACUCACCGCAGCCAUCCGACAGACCGCCACAGGUUACCUUCAAAGCGGUUACCAAGGACAACUGAACUACAGGCACAGUGACGGUUCAUACAGCACAUUUGGUUAUGAUGAAUCAAACACAUGGUUGACUGCCUUUGUCCUGAGGUCUUUUGGUCUAGCGACACGAUUUGUAUUCAUCGAUCCGAAUGUCCUUCAGAGUGCGAAGGACUGGCUGAUAAGCCAGAAAGGUUCAAAUGGCUGUUUCAUGCAACGGGGGACUUUGUACCACAAUGACAUGAAGGGUGGAGUUGAUGAUAACGUUACCAUGACCGCCUACAUCACUGCAUCACUGCUUGAACUCGGUGUCCCUGUCACGGAUCCAGUCAUUACCAAUGCUCUAUCAUGCUUGAGGCCUGUCGUUGGGAACCUGGGAAACACUUACGCCACUGCUCUUCUCACCUACACCUUCAGUUUGGCAGGAGAGACCAGAACUCGAUCACAGCUUUUAACCAUCUUGAAAAACCUUGCCAUUUCUGAAGGCACUAAGCUCCAUUGGUCUCAGGCUACAUCUGGUGAUACUCUGGCGGUGGAGAUCAGCUCUUAUGUGUUGCUAGCGGUUCUCUCUGUACAGCCUCUCUCAACGGCUAAUCUGACCCACGCUAACCGCAUUGUCAACUGGCUCGUGGCCCAGCAGAAUCCCUAUGGAGGCUUUUCCUCCACCCAGGUGACCACCAAACACGAGUGCAUUAAGCUCCUGUCAGGUUUCAUGGCAGAUACGUCACCGCUUGGAUCUCCACCUAAUUCAUUUGCCCCGCUAGUGGAGCGGAUUGAUGCCAGAGAUGACCAUGUCUUGGUGUAUCUGAAAGAGGUUCCCAAAAUAGUCCCCAUGAGUUACAAUCUGCAGCUGAAACAGAUUCUUGCAGUGAAAAAUCUCAAGCCAGCAGUUAUCAGUGUUUAUGACUACUAUCAGCCAAGUGAUUCAUUUGAGACCACCUACACAUCUACCUGUCCAUGAUUUACUGGUUCGAGUAUGACUUCAUGUUUCAAAUAAAGCUGC